AUGGCCAUGAAGAUAAGCGUGUACGAGAAACUCCUCACGAAACUCAUACCUAGCCAAAGUCCUGACGUACAGCAGGCGAUUAGAAACGCACUGUUCGAGAAUUCCAUACUAGCUGAAGAAGAUGUCUCAAUGUCAGACGAAAACUCUCCACAAGCGGAAGAAACAAUCGAGGAUGAGAAUACUGUUCUCUAUGCUGUCGCCUCUCAGCUACGGGCUUACUCCGGACGCAGGAAACCGGUGGAGUGUGUAGGAGAAACCUCCACCAUAAGGUGGCUGGGUAUGCUUCUGGUAAAGCUACAGCUACCGAAUUUUAUUUCUGAAGAGAAUAUCAUGUCCAUGGCUUCAUAUGACUUAUCCUGGAAGUUCGAAACAACUGCGAAGAUAGACGAAGUCAAUGAAAAAUGCACCUAUUUCUCUGGCGAGAUUGAACUCCCCCAGUUAGACAUGAUGCAUAAUCUGACUACACUACCGCCGAAGGAUGUUGCUGAUCUGCUGGUAAAUGCAUACUUCACCACAGUUCAUCCUCUCUUCCCUAUCCUUCCAAAGGUAAGAUUCCUGUCUCGAUAUAACUCCUACUACCACAACGGGAGCGACCCACUUGCCAUUUACCCUUGGCUGGCUCUAUUAAACAUGGUGCUUGCUCUUGGAUCGUUGUGGGCCCAUUAUACACAGAUACCGACAGGUGAAGUAGAGGACCAUAGCAUAUACUGUGCUAGAUCACAGGCUUUGGCACAGGGAAUAGUGAUAGUCGAUCACCGUGGCUACCCUGACACGUAUUCCUCGUUAGAGCCGAUACAACUUAUCGCCAUUAGGGGGGUGUAUCAGCUUGCCACAUAUCAAAUCACAGGAGCAUGGAAAUCGGUUACCACUGCGCUGAAGUUUGCCUAUAAUCGAUCGUUGAAUGUACGAGCGACCAUACCUGAGGUUUCUGGAGAAUCUAAACAGCUUGAAGCCCGCGUUUGGCACUCGCUUCGAUCUCUAGAACAAUUCCUCAGCAUUCUCACAGGGUUUCCAUCCGAAUUACAAGGUCAGCCAAUUCACAUCAGGCCGUUCCAAACUAGUCAGCCAUCUUUCAUCAGAAGUCCGCUUCCCCUGGCCAACUUCAAUAUCCUAGGUAACCCAUCGGACCUGGAACUGUCCGCCGUCUACUCCUUUGACGAGGAAUACCCAUCCAGCAAUUUCGUCGCAGGGCUCCGGCUAGAUGAAAUUGUAAACGAAGCCAUAAGCUCAUUGUACGGCAUGAAGUCGCUCGAUAAUACCUGGGCAUAUACCCAGCGCCUGAUAGCCGAUUUAGACAACAAGCUAAGCCAAUGGUACGCAAGCAUUGACCCUGGAUUCCCAUACACCGUUCAAUCCAUAGAUAUCUGCGCUCCCCCAUCCACAAGCCUAACAUACCUGCACCUCCGCUACUAUAGCGCAAGGAUACUGAUCAACAAGCCUGCGCUGUGUGAUCCGUCCGAACUAAUUCUAACCAUCCCUUACCAAUCCGAGGCAUCAAGACAGAUGGACUCCGAUGCAGCUGCGCGUUGCAUAUCGGCUGCAAGACAGAUACUGCACCUUCUGCCGUUGGAUAUUGAUAUCAUUGAACUGCAUGGCAAGACGCCCUGGUGGUGUAUACUUCAUUACAUAGUGCAGGCCAGCUGUGUUCUGGUAACAGAGCUUUCGUUCGACGAGCCCCAUCUGCCAAUGGAAACGGAAGAACUUGUCAGCCAGUCGGAGCUAGCUGUUCGUUGGCUGUCUACUCUCGCCGGUACGUGUGAGUCAGCGAGCAAGGCAUGUCAUUGUAUGAAUAGCCUGCACCAUCUUGCGCUUGCAAAGCGUGAGAGAGCUUCUCAGAGACACGGCCAGUGA